CUUUUCUUUCUUUCCAUCUUUUGCUCCUUCAUUUCCUCUCUUUUUACAUUUCUUUCUCUCUCUUUCCUUUCUUUUUUUUUUCUUUUUUUUCCUUUCUAUUUUCUCUCUCCCCAAACACAAAACCUCAAAAUUACAAAAAGAAAAGGCUUUCUUUUUUGUAAUCUCUCCUUUGUCAGAUCUCUCGAUGUUUUGCUCUUUCUAUUCUCGGAUCCUUUUCCUUAUAGCUCAAAAAUUGAGGUUUUCCAUUUUCGCUUUUGUCUUAGCUCUCACUUCAAUCAGGAAUCAUUAUUGAGCUCAAAAUUUUUUUUUUGGCAGUUUUCCCCCAAAUUUUGCAUCUUGUUAAGGCAGCAUUUCAAUAAAGGACUGUCAUGGUUGAUCCACUUAUAGCUUGUCGCGAUGUAUAAAGAGUGAGCAUGUAUUUUAAAACAAAAAUAAUGAACCUGUUGGAGUUGGAGUGCAAGUAUGGAAAAGUGAGCGGAAAAAAGGCAUGGUCUUUAUUUCUUCUUCCUUUUUUGUUGUUUAUAUAUGUAUUUUAAUUUUGCGUGUAUUCUAUAUAUUUUUUUUCAGGUUUUGUGUUUUGGAUGGUUCAUCCCUGUUGCUAAGGCUUUGUGUGUGAUUACAAAGAGAUGAGUCACACAAAACAUGAGCGGGAAGAUGGAAUGCUCUCUAAGGAUCAGACAGAAUCGCCAUAUAUCGAUGAUGGUAGCUGUGGAGGAGGUGGAGCUGGGGGAGUUGUUCUGAAGAAAGGACCGUGGACAUCAGCUGAAGACGCGAUUUUGAUUGACUAUGUGAAGAAGCAUGGUGAAGGCAACUGGAAUGCUGUUCAGAAGCACUCUGGACUAUUUCGUUGUGGAAAGAGUUGCCGCUUACGUUGGGCUAAUCACCUGAGGCCGAACUUGAAGAAAGGGGCAUUUACUCAAGAAGAAGAACAGCUGAUCAUUGAACUCCAUGCAAAGAUGGGAAAUAAAUGGGCUCGGAUGGCAGCACAUUUGCCUGGUCGUACGGAUAAUGAGAUAAAAAAUUACUGGAAUACCCGGAUUAAGAGACGCCAACGUGCUGGGUUACCUCUGUAUCCUCCUGAAGUGUGCUUGCAAGCACUGCAGGAGAGCCACAGUACCAGUGUGGUUAAUGGAUUGGAUAAAGGACCUAAUGAUAUCUUGCAGAACAAUAGCUAUGAGAUACCUGAUGUCAUAUUUGACAGUUUAAAGGCCAAUCAAAAUGUGCUUCCUUAUGUUCCUGAGCUUCCUGUUUUAUCCGCUAGCAGCAUGCUGAUGAAAGGUCUAGGUUCUUCUCAAUAUUGUGGUUUUAUGCAACCAACGAUCCAUCGCCAGAAGCGUCUUCGGGAGUCACCAGCCUUUUUUCCUGGUUACACUGGUGCUGUUAAAAACGAAUGCCCUUUGUUUAUGCAGUUUCAAGAUGAUAUAUCAGACAAGGCUGCUGGAUCCUUUGGGCUGUCUUUUCCAAUUGAACCAGAUCCUGCAACAAAGAACUCCCAGCCUUUUGGUGUAUUCCCAGGUAGCCAUGCCCUUUCAAAUGGCAAUUUCUCUGCUUCAGAGCCCCCUUUGGAGGCUGUGAAGUUGGAGCUCCCUUCACUCCAAUAUCCAGAAACUGAAUUAGGUAACUGGGGCACAUUAACUUGCCCACCACCUUUACUUGAGUCUGUUGAUGCUUUUAUCCAGUCACCACCUCCAACCAGUGGACUGGAGUCCGAUAGUCUUUCUCCCCGUAAUAGUGGCCUGCUGGAUGCUUUACUUCAUGAGGCAAAAACUCUAAGCAGUGCAAAGAAUCAUGCAUCUGACAAAAGUUCAAAUUCAUCUACCCCCGGUGAUAUAGCUGAAGGUUCAAAUUUCAACAUUUGUGAGACGGAAUGGGAAAAGUGUGGUGAACCUCUUUCUCCAAUGGGUAAUUCAGCAACUUCUCUUUUCAGCGAGUGUAUCAGUGCAAGUGGCAGUUCAUUGGAUGAACAGCCACCUGCUGAAACUGUUACAGAGUCCCAUCUGAAAUCCGAACCAGCUGACUGUGUUUUGACCCCAGAGAUACAAAAAGAGGCUCCUAUUCGGUUGGACAGUAGUCGCCCCGAUACUUUACUUGCUUCAAAUUGGCUAGAGCAGGGUUCUGGUUACGAUAAGGACCAAGCCAUCUUGACCAAUGCCAUAUCAAGCCUUCUUGGCGAUGAUUUGCGUAAUGAGUACAAGAAUAUGGCAGAAGGAACAUCUAUUUCAAGUCAAGCAUGGGGUCUCGAUUCUUGUGCAUGGAAUAACAUGCCUGCUGUCUGUCAAAUGUCUGAACUCCCUUGAGAUCUGCUAUCGCAAUUGUAUGAACUUCUCUGAAGCUUUUUUUGUUUGUUUGUUUCAUUCAUUCCAUGAUUUGAUGUGGGUAGGCAAUCGGACCUGAUGUACUGAAAGUUCAUUUGGGGUUGAGAUCAUCGUAAUAUGGUACCAGUCAUGGAUGUUUUUGGUCUGUUGUCUAUGAUGUUUUUUUUUUCUUUUUUUUUUUUUCUGUCAGAACUGUUGAAUGCAUGCAUGCCGAUAUGGAGCUCUGAGGUAUACAAAUGCAUUCUAGAUGUUGUUAUAACUUUUAGAAUAACCAUGCUCUUUUAGCAUGGACUCCCCAGACAAUGGUUUGCUAUGCGAUGCACAUGUCUUAAGUGAAAUGCUUAUUUGUGGUAGGGUUGUCAAUGGUGUCCGGUGGAGGGAAACACUAUUUUAAUUUAUAGCUAGAUCUCAAAAAUUGUCUCCAUUCAUAUACAAUCUGUAGAAUUCGAGCUUGAUUUGAAGUUGAAGAUUAAAAGUUCAGCUUGAA